CUACACUCAUCAGCCUCCACUUUCCAACUAGCAAAAAACCCUUUGGUGAAUAUCUAUCAGCAUUCACGCGUAGAAGCCUUCGGUUUCUCUGUGCAACACAACUUCCUUUUCCACAGAGCAAAAAAAUGGCUGAAAUAUUCCUUGGUGCUUUCGUUAACGUGCUAGUUGAGAAGUUAGCAUCCGGUGAUCUGUGGAACUUUGCACGUAAGGAGCGGAUUGAUACUCUGCUGAGGAAAUGGAGCAGCAUGUUGGAACAAGUUCAGGUGGUGGUUGCGGAUGCUGAAGAGAAACAAAUCACUGACGGGGAGACUAGUUUGUGGCUCUCCGAUCUUGAAGACUUGAGUUAUGAUAUGGAUGACGUACUGGACGAGUUCGCUACUGAAGCUUUGCGGCGGAAAGUGAUGUUGGAAGAGCCUCGAGCUAGCACCAGCAAGGUACGUAAACUCAUACCUAAUUGCUGCACAAGUUUCAAUCCAAGCACUCUUGUGUCUGAUUUUAGAAUGAGGCCCAAGAUGGACGAGAUGGACGAGAUCACUACGAGGUUGCAAGACCUUUUUAAUCGGAGAAUGGGGCUUGGCUUGAAAAACAUUGCUGCAGGGGGGUCUAGUCAAGCUUCACAAAGACAACCCACUUCGCCUUUGAUAAUUGAGCCUUGUUUGUAUGGUAGGGAUAAUGAUAAAAAGGCGAUAAUAGAGUUGCUUAUGAGUGAUCAAUCUGGUAGUAACAAAGUUGGCGUAGUCCCGAUUGUGGGUAUGGGUGGGGUCGGCAAGACCACCCUUGCUCAGAUGGUCUACAACGAUGAGAUAGUGGACAAGCAUUUUGAGAUGAAAGCAUGGGUCUGUGUAUCAGAAGUGUUCGACAUUGUAGGAGUGACAAAAGCUAUUCUUGAGUUUGUCACUAAAAGGCCAUGCGAGUUUAAAGCCUUGGCUCAAGUUCAAGAUGUGCUAAAAAAGGAAUUGGCUGGGAAAAAGUUCUUGAUUGUUCUUGAUGAUGUGUGGAACAAAAACCAUGGUGACUGGAGCAGUUUAAAGAGUCCUUUCAAUGAUGGGGCCCCGGGAAGUAAAGUCAUUGUAACAACACGCAAUAGUGAUGUUGCAUUUAUAAUGGCUGGACCCAAUAAAUAUCACUCCCUAAAGGAACUAUCCGAGGAUGAGUGUUGGUCUGUGUUUGCACAACAUGCAUUUGAGGGUAGAACUAUGGAUGCAAAUCCAAAUUUGGUCUCAAUUGGUCAAAAAAUUACGAAAAAAUGUAAAGGCUUGCCUUUGGCUGCUAGGACACUUGGUGGCCUUCUACGGUGUAAAUUGACUGAGGAUGAAUGGGAAGGAGUAUUGAAUAGUAAAAUAUGGGAGUUAUCAGAAGAGAGAAGUCAUAUCCUUCCGACUUUGAGAUUAAGUUACUAUCACCUCCCUUCGCAUUUGAAGAAGUGUUUUGCAUAUUGUUCCAUAUUGCCGAAGGACUACGAAUUUGAGAAGGAGGAACUAGUUUACUUGUGGAUGGCAGAAGGCUUAAUUGCAAAGCAAACAGGACAAAGGGAAAUGGAAGAUCUUGGGUGCGAGUACUUCCAAGAAUUGGUAUCGAGGUCAUUUUUUCAACCAUCACGUAGUAGUGAACUCUUUGUUAUGCAUGACCUCAUCAAUGAUUUGGCUCAAUUUUUUGCAAGAAAAACUUGUUUUAGGCUGGAGGAUAAGUUGAAAGAGAGUGAUAAAGAUGAAAGUAUCAAUAAGGCUCGACAUUCAUCCUACACACGCGGCCUUCGCGAUGGCAUAAAGAAGUUUGAGGCCUUUCAUAAAGCCAAAAACUUGCGGACUUUUUUACCAUGUGGGUCUAGAAAUCAAAGAGAUUGCUACUUGAUUAGUGACGUUCCCCUCCGUCUGUUGCCGGGUCUUAGACGUUUACGUGUGCUUAGUUUGCAAAGAUAUCGAAUUGGUGAACUUUCGAAUUCAAUUGGGGAUUUGAAACAUGUGAGGUACCUUGACCUUUCAUGUGCCUUGAUUUUAAUGCUACCGGAAUCAAUUGGCACUCUCUACAACCUACAAACACUAAUUUUGAGAGAUUGUAAAAAUCUCAACAAGUUGCCUGCAAACACUAGUGACUUGAUUAGUUUACGUCAUCUAGACAUUACUGGUGCAAACUCCUUACAAGAAUUGCCACCCAAAAUAGGAAAAUUGACAAGUCUCCAAACUUUAUCAAACUUCAUUGUGGGCGAUGGAAACGGGUCUACGAUAGUUGAGUUGGGCAACUUGAUUCAUCUUAGUGGAACACUUAGCAUAUCUGGGUUGGAGAAUGUGGCAGAUGCUCUAGAUGCGAGGAGGGCCAACUUGAAAGAUAAGCAAAGCUUAAAUGUGUUGUCGAUGGAGUGGAGUAACAUCUCGAAUAAUUCUCGCAAUGGAAAUGUUGAAUCAAGAGUGAUUGAUAUGCUAGAACCUCACAAGAAGUUAAAAGAGCUUUUCAUUAAUGGUUACGGUGGCUUCACAUUUCCAAAUUGGGUUGGGAAUUCUUUGUUCUCUAACAUUGUCUGCAUGAAGUUCCAAAAUUGUGAAAAAUGCACUUCCUUGCCACCUUUGGGGCAGUUACCCUUGCUUGCAAAACUCUACAUUCAAGGUAUGAAGGCAGUAGGUAAUGUUGGACUUGAGUUCUAUGGAUUGGGUUGCCUAAAUCCUUUUCCAGCUCUAGAGAUUUUAACCUUCGACGAUAUGCCCGAUUGGAAAGAGUGGACUCCUUUUGGAGUCAAGGAGGGAGCUCAAGCAUUUGCUCGCCUAUCAGAGCUCUCCAUUAAAAGAUGCCCCAAGCUUUCGCAUGAGUUGCCAAGAAAUCUUCCUCGGUUAAGAAAUCUGUAUAUUGAGGAGUGCCCAGUGUUGGUGGUUGCGUGGAUCGCUAGCCCUACGGAGCUGAAAGAAGUGAGAAAUACGCUUCAAUUUGAUUCACUCAUGUCCUUGCAUCUAAAAGAUGUUUCGAUUGCCAACUCCUUGGGUAGUUCAGAAGUUGGUGAUCAAGUAGCGCUAAAAAACUCAAGCCAUAGCCUCUUGAGCUCGCUGACUUCCCUGAAAAUGAAAAAUAUUCAGGGUCACACAUGCCUACCUAAUUGGGUUUUUCAAGGGCUGACGGGAAUCCAAGAAUUAUCUCUCUGCGGUUUCGAAGAACUCACAACAUUGUGCGACGACGAGGUGAGACUACAAAACCGUCUCCCUGCCCUCCGACGUCUCACUAUUGAAGGUUGCCCCCAACUUAUUUCCUUGUUUGCCGAAGGAGAUGACCUCAAAUCUCUUCAAGAGCUUUACAUCUCACGGUGUCCACGCCUCAUCUCUUUCCCUGUCUUGCCGUCUAUGCUGAAAAAGCUGUGGAUUUAUGGGUGUGAUGGGCUGGUGUCCCUGGCUGAUUUGACGUUGCUGAAUAAUCUUGAGAAGCUGUAUAUUGAUUCCUGUCCAUCCCUCCCGUACUUAAGGUCCGGAAGUGGGCUCCCGCCCGCUCUCAAAGAACUGACGGUUAAUAGGUGUGCAGAGCUAAAGUCGCUAAUAGCAGAGGAGGGAAUUAAGAUCAAUUGUCCAUCUCUUGAAUUUGUUGAGAUCAGUUAUUGUGAUCGCCUCAAAACCCUACCAGAUGUCAUGCAAAAUAAUAAUGGUCUCAAGAAUCUCAGUCAACUGGUGAUAUAUGGGUGUGGUAAUCUGGAGUCCCUUCCGGAAGGAUGGUUUCCCACAACCAAUUUUAGGAAAUUCGAUAUCUCUACCUGCGAGAAACUCGAGCCCCUUCCAAACCACGCGUACAACGACAGCCACCUCGCUUCUGUUGAAACGCUGAACCUACAUGGUUUUCCUGCGGGUACAGGACUCCUCUCCCACGUUCUGGAUGAAGGAAGUUCCUCCAACUUCAUCAACCUCACUUCACUUGAAAUCAACAACAUCGACAUCGGUAAGCUGCGCGGUUUGCACCGAUUGUACUCUCUCAGAGAACUCUCCCUUUGGAGUUGUGAUGGGGUGUCGUUUCCAGAAGAUGGGAUGUUGUCGUUUCCCUCCUCUCUGGUCGAACUGGGCAUCCGGAGUUUCCCGAAUCUGGAGAAGCUAUCUUUCAAGGACUUUGAAAACCUCGUCUCUCUUGAAAAACUUCAUAUCGGUUAUUGCCCCAAGCUCACGUCCAUUUCAGAGCAAAGACUGCCUCCCUCGCUUUCGGAAUUGCGGAUCUUUGAUUGCCCCAACCUCGCAUCAUUUCUGGAGCAAGGGCUGCCUCCCUCGCUUUCGGGUUUGUCGAUCUGUCGCUGCCCCAAGCUCGCAUCGUUUCCAGAGCAAGGGCUGCCUCCCUCGCUUUUGUAUUUGUGUAUUGAUCAAUGUCCGAUACUGAAACAACGAUGUGAAAAGAGGAAAGGCCAAUAUUGGCGCUUCAUUGCACACAUUCCUGAAGUCUGGAUUCUUUGACCCAAGCAGCUAAUGGCCAGGUUUGU